AUGUUGGACGUACGCGAAACGCUCCGCGACGCGCACGGACGUCAAGUGCUCCUGCGCGGCGUGAACCUGGGGGGGACCAGCAAGAGCCCCGCCGGCGUGGGGUCGUACCAGAAGCAGAAAGAGGGGGAGUGUACAUUUGUAGGGCGCCCAGUGCCGCUCGACGAGGCGGACACGCACUUGGCGCGGCUCAGGCAAUGGGGCUUCACGGCGCUCCGAUACGUCUUUACGUGGGAAGCACUCGAGCACGACGGGCCAGGCGUAUACGACCGGGAGUACAUUGCGUAUACCGUCGAGGUGCUCAGGCGCGCCAGAGCACACGGAUUCUAUGUCGUGAUGGAUCCGCACCAGGACUUGUUCUCGCGCUUUGCGGGGGGGUCCGGCGCACCGGUGUGGGCAUUGUAUGCGGCCGGACUCGAUCCAGAGGCACUCCACGAGACGCACGCCGCCUUGCUCCACGACGCGUGGGACCCGCCAAAGGACUAUCCUCCCAUGAUAUGGGCGACCAACUACCACCGCCUCGCGUGCCUCACGCUCUUUACCUUGUUCUUUGCCGGGGAUACGUUCGCCAAAAGGUGCACGAUCGACGACGAGCCCAUCCAGGGAUGGCUGCAGCGCCAUUUCUUGGGGGCCGUCGCCCAGCUCGUCACGGCCGUGCGCGAGGCGGACCUCUUGGACGAGUGUGUCAUCGGAUGGGAUAGCCUCAACGAGCCGCAUCCGGGCCUCGUCGGCGCAGACCUGCGCGCGCGGCCAGGGCCCAUGCGCCAGGGGCCGAUGCCGACGCCGUUUGAAAGCAUGCUCCUCGGCGAGGGAGAGGCCGUCACGCUGCCCACCUACACGUUCGGCGCACUCGGCGCGCGGCACACGGGCAGCGUGCACGUCGCGCCGAAACGAGGCGUGUGGCUCACGGCCGACGCCGACGCCGCUCGGGGGGCAGGCCGCUACGGCUGGCGCCGCGGCGCGGCGCGGCCGGGCUGCGUCUGGGCCCAGCACGGCGUGUGGGACACAGAGUCCAAGACGCUCUUGCAGCCCGACUACUUUCGUGCAGACUUUGUCGAGGGAUUCUGGCUGCCGCACUGGGCCGUGUAUACGCGCCUCGUUCGCAGCAUCCAUGCACGGGCCAUCCUCUUUGUCCAGCCGCCCGUCUUUGCGCCGCCGCCGCACGCGAUCCGCGCGCUGCUCGACGAGCGCGCAUGCUCAAGCGCGCACUUUUACGACGGCCUGACGCUCGUCACCAAGCGCUGGCACUCGUUCAACGCGGACGGCGUGGGAAUCCUGCGCGGCGCCUACUCGCACGUCCUCUUUGCGCUGGCGCUCGGGCGGCGCGCGGUGCGCGCGUGCCUCGCGCGGCAGCUUGCGCGCCUCGCGGCCGACGUCGCGGAGCGCAUGGGGCCGUACCCUUUCCUGGUCGGCGAGACGGGCGUGCCGAUGGAUAUGGGCGACGCAACCUAUGCCGAGCAGGCGCACGCAAUGGACGCGACGCUCGCCGCGUGCGACGCCAACCUGCUCGGGUACUUUUUGUGGACGUACACUGCGGACCACUCGUCCGAGUGGGGCGACCGCUGGAACGGCGAGGACCUCUCGCUCUGGUCGCCGCACGGACCCGACGCGCGGUGGGCGUAUGCGCGCGGUGCCCGCGCGAUCGACGCAUGGUGCCGGCCGUACGCCCGCGCGGUGCCUGGGCGCCUCACGCACCUCGCCUUUGACAUGACAUCGAAAGUGUUUGCCGUGUCCUUUUCCACCGGCGCCCUCCCUGCUGUUGUCGAGGCACGGACCGCCGAGAUCUAUCUGCCGUACAUCCACUAUGGCCGCGCCGAUGCGCGCGGCGCGCUGUCGAUCGACGUCACCGCCUCUGACGGCGACUGGACGUGCACAGACCAGCUGCUCUUGUGGCGCAUCGACGCCGACCGAUCCGAGCACACGCUGCGCGUGCGCCGCGUGGAAUAG